CAUUAAUUUCUCACUUCUAUUUUUGUGUAAUUUUUUUUUAUAUUUCUCUUUCUUUCCUCUUUAUUCUAUUUUCUUUUUUUUUCGUUAUCACGUUACAAACCGUUGACUUUCUUUCGUCAUGACUGAACAUCAUCAAGAAGACGAUCUUGUGCCCUCUCAGACCGCUGGUUACAAGCCUGGUGAGAAGAAGACUUUGGACGAGUACCAGAACCUUGACGCACAAGAUGAGUCGUUGAACAAGUGGAAACAAUCGCUUGGCCUCGGUCAAGCUACAGGUCCACAAGAUGAUCCCCGCAGAGUUGUUGUUCAGUAUAUCGCUCUCGAGGUGGAAGGUCGUCCGGAUGUCAUUGUCGAUUUGUCCACCACCGCUGCUAUUGAAGAAGCAAAGAAUACCCCAUUUACCAUCAAAGAAGGUAUCGAAUACCGCAUGAAAGUCAAAUUCAGAGUUCAGCAUGAUGUUGUUUCUGGAUUGAAAUACUUGCAAGCUGUCAAGCGAAAGGGUAUCACAGUUGACAAGACUGAAGAAAUGAUUGGUUCCUAUGGCCCUUCCACUGACGCUUACGAAAAGAAAUUCCAAUUGGAGGAAGCUCCUUCCGGUUUACUCGCUCGUGGUCACUACGAAGCCAAGAGCAAAUUUGUUGAUGAUGACGGAUACACCCACAUGGCAUGGACAUGGUCAUUUGAUAUCAAGAAGGAUUGGUAAACACUAUUAAAACCACACAGAGGACAAAAACAGGCAAUAAAAAUUAAUAAACCCCCAAGAUCGGCAAAGCUAGCCUACAAAUGAUCGGUGUCUGUGGUUACAUAACUGUGUAUGACUUUGAAAGUUAU